UCCACGUGGACCCCACUUCACAAAAAAAUCUUCACAGCCCAAACUCCAACUCUUCUUUCUUUCCUUUUGCUUUUUCCAACUUCUCUUCUUUUUCUUCUUCGUCAAACUCAUCAAUUUGAAUUCACCAUGGAUUCCCUUCCUUCCGUCUCGCCCUCCAUGGUCCUCCCUCCGAGCCAUCCUUUCCGCCGCCUCCCUCCCAGCCUCGUCUCCUCCCGAACCAGAAGCCGCCGUCGCCGCCACGUGUCGGUGUCCUGCACCCUCGCCGGCGACGGCACCGAUGACGAAGUCGAAAGGGCUCUUCACAUGGACGGCGCAAUUCCCCGCACCUCCGACGAGUUCGUCAAGCGCGUAUCCUCACGCGCCUACGACAUGCGCCGCAAUCUCCAACAAUCCUUCGACACCAGCAGCUACGACGUUUUAGAUGCCAACCCUUGGAGAGAGAUUUCAAAGCCUGUGUAUGUACUCACGCAAAAGGAAAAUCAACUGUGCACAAUGAAAACCCGCAGAAAUAGAAGCGAAGUUGAAAGAGAGCUUGGAUUGUUGUUUUCUAAAGGCAGCAAGUGGAGUUCUGGAAUUGGAAAUCAGUCAAAACAAGCGAGGGGAGGGACUAAUAAGUUUCAAAUGCUUGUGGAAGAUGUUAGAGAGGGAGUGCUGGUAUUUGAAGAUGCAAACGAGGCAGUAAAGUAUUGUGACUUGCUAGAAGGAGGUGGUCAAGGUUGUGAAGGUGUUGCCGAGAUAGAAGCCUCAUCGAUAUUUGAUCUUUGCCAGAAAAUGAGGGCUCUUGCAGUUCUAUUCCGCAGAGGGAGGACACCUCCUCUACCCGAAAGUCUUAAGCUGAAUCUGCGAGCUCGUAAUCGGUCCCUUGAAGAUCAAGAUGAUUUGAUGUGAAAUUUGAAGAUUAAGAUGAUUUGAUGAGAAAUUCAUAUUCCCUUUUGUUGAGAGGGAAGCAACUGUACGCUAAUUGCUAAUAUGCUUAAGCCCCCCAAAGGAACAAAAUAUGUAUAUUGAUAGAAAUUCAUUCAUCAUAUAAUUGAAAAAAGUAUAGCAUGUAUAUGGUUUACCCAAUGCUCAUGUUCAAAAUUUCAGCUUUUUAUUCAGAGUUUAAAUCGACUCAUUGGAAGUGGCCCUGUAUUGAUUAUGGAUACAAGAUAAAAUGGUUAAAAUUCACUGUA